AUGGGACGUUCCCGGAGCCCACGACCGCCGCCGCUGGUGCUCUUGCUACUGGUGCUGUCGCUGUGGCUGGCACUAGGAGCAGGAGACUCCCUUCCCACAGAGAGCAGGUUUGUGAACAACUGUAUCCAGGCCAGAAAGAAGUGCCAGGCUGAUCCUGCUUGCAAGGCUGCCUUCCAUCAGCUGGAGUCGUGCACCUCUAGUGCAGGCACUGCACUGGCCCUUGAGGAGUCUUCCACAUCUGCAGACUGCCUCCACGCUAUGCAACAGCUUAGGAACAGCUCUCUGAUGGGCUGCACAUGCCAACGGCGGAUGAAGCACGAAGCUAACUGUUUGGAAAUUUACUGGACGGUGCACCCUGCCCGAAGCCUUGGUGGCUACGAGUUGGAUGUCUCCCCCUAUGAAGACACAGUGACCAGCAAACCCUGGAAAAUGAAUCUCAGCAAGCUGAGCAUGCUCAAACCAGACUCGGACCUCUGCCUCAAAUUUGCUAUGAUCUGUACUCUUAACGACAAAUGUGACCGCCUGCGCAAGGCCUACGGGGAGGCGUGCUCAGGGUUCCGCUGCCAGCGCCACCUCUGCCUCGCACAGCUGCGUGCCUUCUUUGAGAAGGCGGCAGAGCCCCAUGCCCAGGGCCUGCUGCUCUGUCCAUGCAGGCCUGAAGAUGUGAGCUGUGGCGAGCGCCGGCGGAACACCAUCGCCCCCAGCUGUGCCCUCCCCUCUGUGGUCCCCAAUUGUCUGGAUCUUCGGAGCUUCUGCCAUGCGGACCCUCUGUGCAGAUCGCGCCUGCUGGAUUUCCAGACCCAUUGCCAUCCUAUGGACGUCCUUGGGACUUGUGCCACGGAGCAAUCCCGAUGUCUGCGGGCUUACAUGGGGCUGAUUGGGACUGCUAUGACCCCAAACUUCAUCAGCAAGGUCAAUGCUAGUGUUGCCCUAAGCUGCACCUGCCGAGGCAGUGGCAACAUGCAGGAAGAGUGUGAGCAGCUGGAAAGGUCCUUCUCCCAGAACCCCUGCCUCAUCGAGGCCAUUGCAGCUAAGAUGGGUUUCCACAGACGACUGUUUGCCCAGGACCGGGUGGACGACCCUACCUUUUCUGUGGUACAGCCGCAGGACAAUAACACUGCUCCAAGACCACAGCCCAGGCUACCCGUUCUUUAUGUCUUCAUACUUACCUUGCUUCUACUUCAGACCCUCUGGUAGCUGGUCAUCCUCAGGGUCCUUCGUUCUUUCCACCGCACCCAGACUGACCUGCGGCCUGUUAUGGGUGAGAAACUGACAGCCUCCGGAAGAAGAUGCAGUGUGCAACACUGUAACUCUGGACCAAGCAGGCAUCUCGCCUAGCACCUCCUGUCUGCUCCAGAUGAGGGCCUGGGAGAAGCUAGGGGCUAUGACCUUCAGAUCCUGACUGGCUAGUUCUCAAACUUCCCUGACCCCUUCUUCUAUCUCAGGCUGUCCCUCCUUAGGACUUUUGUCACCGCUGUUUUGGCCAUAUAUUCUGGUGGCGAUUUGUUUCCCCACCCCCAUCCCUUCUUCCUGUUUCCCAGGAUUGCCUAGAACCUAACAAGUCAGCCAUUCCCUGUUCCAUUCUUUAGGAAGGCAGGGCUGAGGGUUCUGAGGCAGCUGAAAAAGACGCUCCCUUUGUGAGAAAGGCUGGUGUUCCUGGCCCCUCAUCCCCUCUGAAUGGAAGUGAGUAACUGCUGUCUUCACUGCUCUGCCCUGCAGUCCUGAACAUUUGGGCAUCAAGAGCUGAGGCUUUGGGUCUUGCUUAACUCCUAUGACUGUCCCCAAGUCCC